CAUGAGGGUGGCUACCAGAAUUGCUUUGUCUCUUUUCUUUUUCAUUGUUACUUCUGGAAGGAUUUUCAUGGGAAAGGCACAAAACAAGACAUUCAUCCCAGUUAAUGUGGGUGUCAUUCUGGACUUGGAUACAUGGAAGGGGAGGAUGGGAUGGAGUUGCAUCAACAUGGCUCUUUCAGAUUUCUAUGCCUCCAACAGUCACUACAAAACCAGGCUGGUUCUUGACACCAGGGACUCCAAAAAUGAUGUUGUUGAAGCAGCUGUUGCAGCUCUAUACUUGAUAAAAAAUACAGAGGUGCAAGCCAUCAUAGGGCCACAAAACUCAAUUCAGGCAAACUUUGUCAUUGAUCUCGGGGAGAAAGCUCAUGUGCCAAUUAUCUCAUUUUCAGCAACAAGCUCUUCUCUUACUUCACAUAAGAGUGAAUACUUUUUUCGAGUUGCUCAAAAUGACUCAGCUCAAGUGAAAGCAAUAAGUGCAAUUGUUAAAGCCUUUGGAUGGAAACAAGCCGUGCCCAUCUACAUAGACAAUGAGUAUGGGGAAGGUAUCAUACCCUUCUUAAUUGAUGCCUUGCAAGAUGUUGAUGCUCGUGUUCCUUAUCGGAGUGUCAUUGCUCCAUUGGCCACAGAUGAUGAAAUUAGUGAAGAACUUUACAAGUUAAUGACAAUGCAAACUAGAGUCUUUAUUGUGCAUAUGUCACAGAAUCUCAAUUCUCGGCUUUUUACUAAGGCGAAAGAGAUUGGAAUGAUGAGUGAAGGUUAUGUUUGGAUCGUUACCAGUGGGAUAGCCAAUUCCUUAAGCUCGAUAGAACCUUCAGUACUUGACUCAAUGCAAGGAGUAUUGGGUGUAAAGACUUACAUCCCCAAGACAAAAGAGCUUGAAAAUUUUGCAAUUAGAUGGAAAAGGACAUUCCAACAAGAAAAUCCCAAUAUUACCAAUGUUGACUUGAAUGUCUUUGGCCUAUGGGCUUAUGAUGCUGCUUCAGCACUAGCCAUAGCAGUUGAGAAGGUUGGAGGUGAAAAUUUUGUUUUUGAACAACCGAAUGCUUCGAACAACUUAAUUGAUCUUGAAACUAUUGGGGUCUCAAAAAGUGGUCCAAAACUUCGAGAAGCAUUAUUGGGUGUUAGAUUUAGAGGCCUUUCUGGUGCAUUCAGUCUUCUUAACAGACAAAUAAAAUCGUCAACUUUUCAGAUAACUAAUGUGAUUGAUGAUAUUGAAAGAGUGGUUGCAUUUUGGACCCCAGAAAAUGGACUCAGAAGGGAACUCAUGAAUUCAGCGAACAAAAACGUAUAUUCUACUUCCAUGAACAACCUAAGGCAUAUUACAUGGCCGGGUGAUGUAGACAUUGUACCCAAAGGUUGGGAGAUUCCAACAAGUGGGAAGAAGUUGCGAAUAGGAGUUCCAGUGAAGGAUGGCUUUAGUGAAUUUGUUCAAGUCACACAUGAUCAUAGCACUAACACUACACAGGUCAGAGGAUAUUCUAUUGCUGUCUUCGAUGCUGUGAUGGAAUCAUUACCAUAUGCUAUUAGAUAUGAGUUCAUUCCCUUUGCAAAGCCGGAUGGUGAAAGCGCCGGUACUUAUAAUGAUUUGGUCUAUCAAGUAUAUCAAGGGAAUUUUGAUGCUGCAGUAGGUGAUAUGACGAUCAUAGAAAAUAGAUCCAGGUAUGUGGACUUUACAUUACCAUACACAGAAUCUGGAGUGUCAAUGGUCGUGCCACUCCAAUAUAGCGGGAGGAAAAAUGCAUGGGUAUUCUUGAAGCCUUUAAGUUGGGACCUUUGGAUCACAAGCGCCUGUUUCUUUGUGUUCAUUGGGUUUGUGGUAUGGUUUCUUGAACACCGAGUAAAUGAGGAUUUUCGUGGGCUUCCUUCACAUCAAGUUGGGACAAGCUUAUGGUAUUCCUUCUCCACCAUGGUUUUUGCACAACGGGAGAUAGUGAUAAGCAAUUGUGCUAGGUUUGUGGUGAUCAUAUGGGUUUUUGUGGUGCUCAUACUUACUCAAAGCUACACUGCAAGUUUGGCAUCCCUCUUAACAGUUCAACAGCUGCAACCAACAGUUACUGAUGUCAACCAGCUUAUUAAGAAUGGGGAGAAGGUUGGCUACCAAGAAGGUUCUUUUGUUCUGGGAAUCUUAAAAGAAAUGAAUUUUAAGGAUUUUCAACUAAAGCAAUAUAAUUCUACGGAUGAAUGUCAUGAACUUUUGUCUAAAGGAAGUGCAAAUGGUGGUAUAGCUGCUGCUUUUGAUGAAGUCCCCUACAUGAAGUUAUUUCUAGGAAAAUAUUGCUCAAAGUACACCAUGGUUUCAUCAGUAUACAAAACUGAUGGGUUUGGCUUUGUAUUCCCAAUGGGUUCCCCCCUUGUUGCAGAUAUUUCAAGACAAAUCUUAAAUGUAACUGAAGGGGAGAUAAUGAAAGAGAUUGAAAGGGCAUGGUUAGAGGAAAACACCAAUUGUCCAGACCCCAACACCCCAAGUUCUUCCCCCAGUCUUAGCAUUGCUAGCUUUUGGGGCCUAUUCCUCAUUGCUGGGGUUGCUUCCUUGUUAGCUCUCAUUUUCUCCAUAUCUAUGUUCCUUUACAAGGAAAGGCAACAACUCUUUAUACCCUCUGAUCCAGAAGAUGACUCGAUCUGGAGAAGAAUUCUUCAUAUGUUUAGAAUGUUUGACAAAAAGGACCUCACCUCGCAUACGUUUAGAAAGAAAACAAUGUCUUUUGGAGACAUUGAAAGUAGUACUCAUGGUAUACAUGGAAAUGAUGUCUCGACAAGGAUCAAAUGUUCGCCAAGUCCGUCAAACAGCACAGAACUGAUAGAAACCCAAUCUGGAUCCUUAAAAUUUCAUGAUUUAGGUAUGUCUUCCGGAGAAUAUUCUGAUUCCAGUACAAACGUCGAUCAGACAUCUCAACUAGCAAUACCACCAGUACCUAAUGAGCUCAUUAAGUAUCAAAAUCAAGAUUAGGGACCAAGAACCUCAUAAAUUGAGCAUAAACACACCUAAACAUUAUGCUUUUUUCACUCUUAUUUUAUUUUGUCCUUAGGUUUUUCAAGCAUCAUGUGGGAGUUUUGAUCUGGUGAUCUAUCAUCAUAUUGGAGACAUAUAUGAUCAAUGUAAUUAAAUAAGUAAAUGUUAACAGCU